CCAUGACCUGCACCUUCACAGCCCUGCUCUGUCUUGGACUGACUCUGAGCCUCUGGAUCCCAGUGCUGACAGGGUCCCUCCCUAAGCCUAUCCUCAGAGUACAACCAGACUCUGUGGUCUCACUGGGGACUAAGGUGACCUUCUUGUGUGAGGAGAAAAUUGAAGCCAUCAAGUACCAACUCUCUAAAUAUGGAAACCUAUAUACAAGACUCACAAAGAACAAACAGAAGCCAGCAAACAAGAAUGAAUUCUCAAUCUCAGAUGUAGACGAUCAAGAUGCAGGGCAAUAUCAAUGUGCCUACAGGACCCAGGCUAAAUCAUCAGACUACAGUGACCCCCUGGAUCUAGUGGUGACAGGAGCCUAUGAGAAACCCAGGCUUUCAGCCCAGACCAGCCCUGUGGUGACUUCAGGAGGNUAUGUCACCCUCCAGUGUGAGUCCAGGCAGAGCUAUCACAGGCUCAUUCUGACUGUAGAAGGAACAAAGAAGCUCUCCUGGAAAGAGGACUCACAGUAUGACUACUCUACUGGGAAUUUCCAAGCACUGUUCUCUGUGGGCCCUGUGACCCCCAAUAGGAGAUGGAUAUGCAGAUGCUACAGUUACAACACAAACAGACCGUACUUGUGGUCAGAUCCUAGUGAACCCCUGGAGCUCCUGGUCUCAGGGAAUCUCCAAAAACCAACCAUCAAGGCUGAACCAGGUCCUGUGAUCGCCUACAGAAGAGAAAUGACCAUCUGGUGUCAGGGGAACCUGGAUGCAGAAAUAUAUUUUCUGCAUAAAGAGGGAAGCCAAAAAACACAGANNNNACAGACCCUACAGGAGCCUGGGAACAAGGGCAAGUUCUUCAUCCCUUCUGUGACACGACAACAUGCAGGGCAAUAUCGUUGUUAUUGUUACAACUCAGCUGGUUGGUCACAGCCCAGUGACACCCUGGAGCUGGUGGUGACAGGAAUCCAUAACUACUAUAAACCCUGGCUGUCAGCACUGCCCAGCCCUGUGAUGACAGUAGGAGAGAACAUAACCCUCAAAUGUGUCUCACAGAAUAAUUACGAUAAGNUCAUUCUCACCAAGGAAGAUAAGAAAUUCACAAGCUCCCUGGACUCACAGUAUAUACAUUCUGAUGGAAUGUACCAAGCACUAUUUGUUUGGGGACCCACAACCCCAAACUAUACAGGGACAUUCAGAUGUUAUGGCUACUACAAAAAUACCCCACAGCGGUGGUCAGUACCCAGUGAUCUCCAACAAAUCCUCAUCUCAGGGCUGUCCAGGAAGCCCUCUCUGCGGACUCCCCAAGGCCAUAUCCUGGACCCUGGAAUGAGCCUCACCCUGCAGUGUUGCUCUGACAUCAACUAUGACAGAUUUGCUCUGCACAAGGUGGGGGCAGCUGACAUCAUGCAGCACUCCAGCCAGCAGACGGACAGUGGCCUCUCCAUGGCCAACUUCACACUGGGCUAUGUGAACCACACCACCGGAGGCCAAUACAGAUGCUAUGGGGCACACAACCUCUCCUCUGAGUGGUCAGCCUCCAGUGACCCCCUGGACAUCCUUAUCACAGGUUAG